UACAGCAUCAACAUGUACUUCAAAAUUGUAGCAGUCAGCAUUCUUGUGGCAGUCUGCCAUGCAGGUAUCAUAGAUGAGGGACACGGCCAUGCCGUCUCAUCGCAGAGCAUUGUCCGUCACGACCAGCCCACUCAUGGAGCUACACACUACGCUCCUAUUGUCUCUCACACUGCUCCCGUCUUGACCCAUGCUGCCCCAAUUGUUCACCAUGCAGCUCCUCUUCUCCACUCCGGCCCCAUUGUUCAACAUGUCGCCGCGGUAUCCCACUCAGCACCCAUUGCCCUCGGUCAUGCUGCAGAACAUAUUGAAGACCACGCACCAGCACACUACGAAUUCUCUUAUUCCGUCGAAGACCCUCACACUGGUGACCACAAAUCCCAGCACGAAAGCCGCGAAGGAGAUGUUGUAAAAGGCGAAUACUCACUGGUCCAGCCUGAUGGCGCCGUAAGAACCGUCGAAUAUACCGCUGACGCCCACAACGGUUUCAACGCUAUCGUGCACAAUUCCGCCCCAUCAGCCCAUGCUGCUCAAACUCAAGCAGAGCACGCAGGCUCCGUGGUCCACGCCGCGCCCGUUGUCCACGCCGCGCCCGUGGUCCACGCCGCGCCCGUGGUCCACGCUGCUCCCGUCGUCCAUGCUCCCAUUGUUCAUGCGGCUCCAUUGGUUCACGCUACUCCCGUGAUCCACGCGACACCUUACCUAGCCCAUGCCGCAGUCAUCCUUUCCGUCGUGGCGGUAGCAGCCGCUGGUGUAUUGCACGGUUACGGUGGUGACAGCUAUGGCCACGAAGCCGUCGCGUACGCACCGGUUGCCCAGCUGGCCCACUACGAGGGCCAUGAUGAACAUGUCGACUAUCACGCUCAUCCCAAAUAUGAUUACUCAUACUCUGUGUCGGACCCCCACACUGGUGACCACAAGGAACAGCACGAGGUUCGCGAUGGAGACAUCGUAAAAGGCGAAUACUCCCUUCUCCAACCUGAUGGCUCCUUCCGUAAAGUCACCUACACCGCUGAUGACCAUAAUGGUUUCAACGCGAUCGUCCACAACACAGCGCCCGUCCACGCCGAGUACCACUAAUUAUAACUGGCUCAAUGCCCCCUUCAUGUGAUAUUAUGUGUACCUUUUAUACUUAUAGAUAGUCUUUAGUCGACAACGAACGUUUUAAAUAAGAC